AGGGAUAAAUGAUCACCUCAACCAGAAGAGUGUCUCCUGAUAAAUCUGAAGUUAGAAUCGCCUUCAGCCUCGAAGACACAUCAGAUGUAAAAGAUGUGGAGGACAUCCCUCAGACUUUCCCAGACCUUGAACAGCGACUACAGCCAGUACCCCCCUGUGUGUCUUUGAGAGAGAGCGUCCAGGUGCACAAGGAGCACUGCAGGAUGGCCAGAGAGUUCCACCAGGUCAAACACGAGAUCGCUGCCAUUGACGAUUGCAAGCGUCAGUUGCUGGCAGAGCUGGUGGAGGAUGAGAAGGUUGCCAUGGAGAUUGCCCGUUUAGAGGAGGAGUUUCUGCGUCUAACAGAGGAGAACCGCACACUGAUGACUGUCCACAACGAGUGCGCUCAGCAGCUGGAGAGGCUCUGCUUACCCAAUCAGACGAGGCAGGACUCCUCGUGACCUCUGACCUCCCGCAGAACCUGAGGCCUCCCAACAUCCAGCUGACGCCAGGCAGGAAACCAGGCAGAAAUAAAGGCUCAGCUAGUGCUCAUUCAACACAAAUACAGUCAGUGGUUCAGAUAAUUACACAGAAAGGUGCCGUGUUUAUUCGUGAGUCAUUUGUUUGAGAUGUCAUCAUCUGCUGUUGUAGUGAUUCUACCAAGCUAUGACACAAGGCCACUUUUCUGGAUUGUGUUAUUAUGUGAUCUUGCAGAACCUUCCUGGUCGUCAUUGCAAAUACCUCACAGUAUAUUCAUACUCAGCUGCUGUGAAUGUGACCAGAUCAUCUGAAAUCUGUCUCAGGUCCUGUGGAGACUCAGAUCUUUUACCUGGGGUCUGUGGAGGUAGCAUGAGGUGGUAUGAUGUGGUCCAAAUGUUGUAU